AUGUCGGAAGAUAGAAAGAUUCCCGUUGCGGCUAAUGUACUUGGGACCAUUGGCACUGUGCUUUGGUGCAUCCAGCUCGUGCCGCAGAUAUGGCAUAAUUGGAGGAAUAAGAGAACUGAUGGAUUGCCAGCGAGUAUGAUGUUUCUAUGGGCUUUAUGUUCUGUGCCCUUCGGCAUCUACAUGAUUCUACAGCAAGUGAACAUUCCUAUCCAAGUCCAACCUCAAAUAUUUGGCUCGCUGUGUACAAUCUGCUGGGUCCAAAUUUUAUAUUAUAACCAUGGCUACAGCUUGAGAAAAUCAGUUUUCACCGGUGUAAUAACUGCUGCGCUUAUGGGUGGAUGUGAAGCUCUAUUCAUCCUUACUUUGAGGAUUCCAUACAAUAAGGGCAUAACUUGGCCAGCCCUGCUAAUCGGGAUAAUCGCCACCAUCCUCAUUGCGUAG